AUGCCUUCCUGGAAUGACGGGGAUACAAGCUCAGAGGAUGAGUGCGACAUCACAGACAUGGCUCUUUGGGAGACCCCUGACACCACCGUGGAGCCUCUUUUCUGUGGCCAGCUGGAGCUUUCCGAACCCACCUGCAUGAUGCACCACAUGAGGCCAAUUAAGUGUGUGGCAUUUGAAGGAACCUUAACUGGAAGGCGUUUCUAUGGUUGUCCAGUGCAGCAGAGUGAAGGUGUUAACUGUGGUGUUACUGAGUGGGUUGACAAGCCCUGGCAUCCAAUUCUUCAGAAUUGCUUGUCCAGGUUGUGGGACAUGUACCAUGAACAGAAUUGUGGCAGGGUAGUUGAUAAGCAGAAGUAUGAGAAGCAUUUGGCCAAGCUUAAGACUGAAAAUGACAAGCUGUGCAUUGAGUACACAAAGCUUGUCCAAGAUGUAUCCAAGAUGUUUGAUUGGCAGGAUGGUAGGGUAGGCCACAUGGAUAACCAGAAGGCAGUUGAGGAGGAAGAAUUUGAGAAGAAGAAGAAAGAGGUAGAAGAGAGAGCUAGGUUGGAGGUUCAGAUGGAGAAGCUCAAACUUGCCAAGGAACAAAGGUGCAUUUUACAGAGUCAAGCUGACAUUAUCAAGAAUACCAGGAAGGCAAAGAAGGAGGUUGAACAGGAGAGAGAUUUGCUUAAGAUAGAGAAGGCCAAGCUUGAGCAUGUGGUGAAUGAGCUACUGAGUGAUGGGCAUUCAAGCAAAGAGAAACUUGAGAAAAUCAAGGCCAUCCUUGAUUCAUGA